AAGUGUGUGUUUACUACGGACCUUCACUUUCAAGCACGGUAAAGCGUUGCCGAAAAGAAACGACCGCUAUUGCACGGCAGCUAAUUCUACGAAGCGCGGAACUUUCCCCUUUCACAUUUUCCCACAGUCUAUAACAGAAAUGAGAUUCUCUUGCAGAGCUGUGGUAUCGCUCCUGCUGUCUUCUUGCUCACUCAUACUUGCCUCUGAUGGCGAAACCAGCGCAUCUUUUCUUGAUCAGCCUCCUCCAGUGAUUAAAAAACCUAUUCCUUGGCUUCCGGUCGUUCCCAACUAUGAGAACUUGGAAUGGAAGGACGUGACUGUUUGUUGCCGACGAUCUAACCCAAGCGUAGAUACCAACACAUGCGCGGACAACGUUCCGUUGAUAGUCGAACCCACCACGAUAGGAAGCAUGCCUCAGUUUACAACUGAUCAAGCUUUGGAGGUUUUAAAACAAGCGAAAGAGGCUUGGAAGGGCGGUGCGGGUGUCUGGCCACAAAUGACGUAUCAGCAACGCAUAGAAGCCAUUGAACACUUUUUUGUCGAACUCGCAGCUUCGCGGGAAGAUAUUGUCGAAACACUUAUGUGGGAAAUCGGUAAGAAUCGAAAGGAUGCAGAAAGCGAGUUUGAUCGCACGUUGCAAUUUGCUCGAUCGGUGAUUGACGCGAUCCAGACCGACAACAACUUCAAUGGUACCUGGCAAGAAAUUGGCAACGUUCGCGCUCUAGUGCGCCGAGCUGCCAUUGGCGUAAUUCUCUGCCUGGGGCCGUACAACUAUCCUCUGAACGAAACUUACGCGACCCUUAUUCCGGCCUUGCUUUUGGGAAACAUUUGCAUUCUAAAGAUCCCGACAAUUGGAGGGCUUGUACAUUUGCAAACGAUGGAAGCGUUUGCGAAAUCUUUACCACCAGGUACAAUUCACUUCAUUGCGGGUUCUGGUCGUGAAACGAUGCCGCCGUUGAUGAAAACAGGAGAAGUGGACGGUCUCGCAUUUAUCGGUGGAUCGAGAGCAGCGGAUGAUCUUAUUCACCAGCAUCCUCACCCUCAUCGUCUGAAGGUUUUUCUUCAACUUGAGGCAAAGAAUAUGGGGAUAUUUCUAAAGGACACCUUCGAGAAGAAGAAUGCUGCAAUGCUAGGACACGCCAUGGAUGAGACUUUAUUGGGAACGUUGUCGUAUAAUGGACAGCGGUGUACAGCUAUCAAACUGCUUUUUGUACCGUCAGACGAUGCACCCAAAUUUGUAGCAAUGUUGGUCGAUCGCGUCAGCUCACUCGUCGUUGGGCUACCUUGGGAUCAAAAAGACGGCACAUUUUCGCAAAUUACGCCACUCCCCACACCGCAACGUGUUGAAUAUAUGCGAGAAUUAAUUGACGACGCGGUGUAUAAAGGUGCAGAAAUCCGUAAUGAAAACGGCGGAAACUUGAUUGGUGGUGUAGAUUCGACACUCAUGGUCCCUGCUGUCCUCUACCCUGUCACUCCCAACAUGAGAAUUUAUCAUGAAGAACAGUUUGGUCCCAUUAUUCCUGUAGCUACCUAUGAUGAUUUGGAAACCGCUCUAGAAUUCGGGCAGAGCGGAGAGUACGGCCAACAAGUUUCGGUGUUUGGAAGUGACUCUGAUUCUGUGGCAUCUAUUAUAGAUCGAUUCAGUGCGGUUUACGGGAAAGUGAACUUGAACUGUCAAUGCGGGCGCUCGCCUGACACUCUGCCUUUUGCUGGUCGCCGGUCGUCAGCUAUGGGAGUGAUGUCAGUUACCGAUAUACUACGAGAGUUCUCAGUCCCAACCGUCAUAUCUUACAAAGAGCAAAACGGCUUAAACGAUGAGCUCCUGCAAGGCACACAACUAAAAUCCAACUUUCUACAGCCCGUUACAAGGACAUCUUUAUCUACAAUCAGAGCAAACAGAGAAUAAAACAAAUGAGGUCUCUUUUGAUUAGUCAAUGUAAACAGUGUAUUUCGCGUGUUUCCUGGAAUGCUUAUAGGCUCUGUCACCUACCACUCAUGACCCUCUGUUUUGCCGAAGCUUUUGGCUUGAUUUUUCAGUAGAUCCUUCACAUUGAUAUUUUUUAUUCUUGUUCCACGCCUAGAAAUAGCAAUAAGCCUGUAAUGCUUUGUAAUUAUUGGUGACAAAGCAAGUUUGCUUUGGAAGUGUAGCAAGAUUCAUGCUUAGCAUGAAUGUAGCAACACCAUUUGGUCUAUUUCCACGGCAAAAGAAUGUUAUUGUUGUUUGUCUCUAUUCCCCAGCAGCAGACAAAUUUUAGCUUCCCAUGGGGCCAUUGUUUUAUUGACUGUGAACACCGUUUCUUGUCAAAUACCUUUCCAUGCACAACAGAAGUGAUUUGUGUCUACCUUACUAAGCCCUGUUCAAAUCACAAAGCAGCCAGCCCACAUUUAUUGCAAAUGAGUUUCAAGGGGCAGGAAAGUACUUGGAGGGUGCAGUUGUGGACCAUAAUUGGUCCUGGCUACUGAUCUCAAACUUUGCAAUGAGUAUGAUGAUGCCUUUUCAAUUUCAAAACCAGUUGUCAUGAUUGGCCUGCUGCCAUGCAUUCAUACGCCUUGUCUUUCUUGGAGGGAGCACUGCAAAUUCAUCAGGCGUCGUGGACUGCAUAUUCCAUAAUCUGUGAUGACGGAGAUAGCGUAUUGUGUUUCGGCACAGGAGGUCCAAAGCAAGUGCCAAAAAACCAGUGGUCUUGCUGUUGGAUACAAUCUCUAUGUAAACAGCUCGACUUACUUGAGAGCUCCAUAAUCCAAGUAUAUUCUUUUCAAUCGACUCAAGCUCCACUUCGUUGCGUGUCUUCGGGUCAUUUAAAAUGGCUUUCGGAUCGAGGAUGUCGCCAACAUUGUCGUAGCCGGAGAACUCUCCUGUCAAUUCAAAGAAUGCCGUUUCCAAAGUCAAAAUACCUUGCUUUGCCGUCUCGAAAUCAAAGGCAUAGUCUUUCAUCGAGUUUGUCCACAAAGCUCGCUGACCACUCUUUCCUCCCCAUGAGUUUUCGUAGCUUCGGAUUUUCAACUUUGGAUAAAGUUCUCCUUCACGCUUUACCAUCAAACGAGCAAAGGCAAUAGGACUUGCUGCGUACGGUGCCUCAGCAGCACGGCCACAAUAUCGACCAACGCUGUUCCUGUACGCCAAAAAUGACGCAUCGUUUUCAAAAUAGCCAUUAUCUGUGGUCCACUUCCUAAAUCGAAGUAGACUUUGAAGUAAAUUGUCACCAUCAACCCAAAAAAUGUGACCACGAUCCGUUCGUACUCUCCACACAGCAACCUCGACAAUUUGAAAACGCUGGUCAGUAUCUUCCUUAUCUGAGUGGUCGUAAUCUACGGUCCCCUCCUUGUGCACUUUUACUUUGUCUCUCCGUAGCAUCCAACCAGAAACUAUUCCAUUUUCAUAACGCGCGACGCUGUCCUUCUUGGAAGGAUCCAAAGCUUGGCGAAUUCUUACACAUUGUCCAACAGCAGAGGGACGCAAUUCGAUGUUUUCAAGUAACGUGCCUUCUUGCUCUCGAAGUGCUUCCAUAGCUGACUUAAAAAGUAUCUCGUCGCCCUCCGUUCGAAAGCCAAGACCAUCAUGUUCUGCCUCUCCAUUUUCAGGUAGCGCCUCGUCCUCAAUUUCAAUGAGUAGCCUGUCUUCUUUGCCAAAAUCCUGUUUAUCAUCGGCCCCGACAGUUUCUUCAAGAGCAUCUUUAAGAGCUGUCUUCAAUUGAUUUUCACGUACACCUCUACUGUCGAGAUUUUUAAUCACCGAUCUAAGCGAUUCUUCUGUUAACUGGCAUCCCCAAUGAGAUUUGGUCAGCGUUGGAAAAGAUCCUGAUGUGUGAUACUCAAGACGGCCAAAGACCUGUACGGCUUCUGGAGAAUCGUCAUCAUCACCACCGACUCCGGAAAAAUCCUCUUCCAUGUCUCGUGCACCAACCGUGAUUGACUCUUCAUCUUUUUGUAGCUGUAGGUAGCCACUGGUGGGUUCAGUCGAAACACCCUCAAUUUGUAUCAUAUACUCGGUCUCCACCCAGACCUUCCCGUGUUCAUCAUUGUCAAAGGUCCAGAAUCGGCUACCAAAACGAUCUCGACCAAGUGGGUCGCUCCGAAUGAAGCACUUGUUUCGCUUGGCAAUUAAAUCUUUAGUGGCAUCGACGACUUUCUUGUUUUGCUUAGCGUUGUCUAGCUCCAAAGCUGCAUCACGCAUAAGAUCCACAGCCCAAACACCACCGGUUUCAUCGUCGAGUCCAGUCAAUUUUGCUUUCUUCGCAGCAGUUAUAGCACUUCGCAAAACCUUGAUAGUCCCAUCCUCCAUCGCAUCUCUGAGCUGCUCUAAUGCGCUUUCACGUAAAAGAGGUAGACGAUUUGCUUGAAUCUUCGCUUUCUCAAUGUCGCGACAAAGUCUGUCUAUUGUACGAACAGCGUCUCGAUCAAGAGAAGGAUCAUCCAAGACUUCUUCGCCACCAUAUCCAGAUAGCUCUCCUUCCAUCUCUUCUAGUUCAUUUUUCUCUCGCUCAACUAGUUGCUCAAGUGACACUACUCUCAGUGCGUCCGUAUCGAACGCUGCUUCUUCUUGCAUUCGUACAACCAUUUUGCUUAUUUGAGUUUUGCUGAACGUAUCUGGUCCAGGCAGGGCAUCGUACUCAGACUUUAUGUCCUCGUCAAAAUCCAGAAUAUCUUCUUCGGUGAGCGACUCAAUGAACUCGUCAGAAAAUUCCUUGGACUUGU